AAUAUCAUAUUGUAUGAAUACCUGCCGGUGCUGUUCGAUGAGCCCACACCACCUUAUAAUGGCUUUAAGCCAGACAUUCACCCUGUCAGCGGCCUUUCGUUUUGGCCAUACAAUGAUACCUCCCGGCCUCUAUCGAAGGCAAAUGCAAAAUGUAAUUUCCGGAAAACAUCAUCUGGUUAUCCGGGUCUCCGAUUAUGCUCCACGUGGUGGGACUCUGAGGAAAUAUUGCCCGAAAUAGGAGUCGAAGAACUAUUAAUGGGUUUGUCGUCACAAAUCGCUGAAAGAGAAGAUUCUGUGCUCUGUUCUGAUGUCAGAGACAAACUGUUCGGUCCCAUGGAUUUCAGCCGAAGAGAUUUGGCUGCGCUUAACAUAAUGCGGGGCAGAGAUAACGGUUUAGCCGACUAUAACACUGUUCGGCGGUCUUUCAAUUUGCAGCCCAUUAAGAAUUGGACACAAAUUAAUCCAUACCUUUACGCCCGGAAACCGGAACUCUUUGACCAAUUGUCUACACUGUAUGGACACGACUUGGACGACGUGGACGCCUAUGUCGGCGGAAUGGUUGAGUCCGACUUCGAGAGGGGACGUCCGGGCGAACUCUUCAGAGCCAUAAUUAAGGAGCAAUUCGUCCGCAUCCGAGACGCCGACCGGUUUUGGUUUGAAAACUCGCAAAACGGUAUUUUUACCGAAGAGGAGAUCCAAGAGAUCAAGAAAAUUCGUUUCUUCGAUAUUCUGGUCAAUUCCACUGCCAUUCCCGUCGAUGCCAUACAACCCAAUGUCUUCCUAUUCAGAGACAGUGAUCCGUGUCCUCAACCCUCGCAGUUGAGCAGUAAAGUACUGGAGCCGUGUGUAGUGCUCGCGGGUUGGAACUACUUUCACGGCUCAGAAUUGCCAUAUAUUUUAGUUAUACUUCUGCUCACAUUUAUACCAAUUGUUGUCGCACUUUUGGGUUAUGGAGUCAUAAAACUGCAAAACAGACGGCGAAGGAAACUGAAGGCAAAACAGGAGAUGACAAACACUAAGAAUUACGAUAAAUUAUGUAAAUAUUACUUUAAUUGUGAUGUGAGAGAAUGGUUACAUCAGAAUCACAAACGUUAUGUGAAGGUGAAGAUCGGUCCGGAAGAGUCCAUCUCUACUAUUAAUAGAAAAGGAGAAACUUUAAGACACAUUAACUUUAAAGACGCCAACUCUUUGAUGGUUGAGGUGACACAAGACUCUCACAAACCAAUGGUUUUAAUCCGUUCGCCACGAGAUCACGAUUUGGUGCUUCAGUUCGAUAACAUCGGAACCCGAAAGAAAUUUUUGGCCAAAUUGGAGGCAUUUCUGUUGAACUACAAGAAAACGCUGGAAAUAAUCCACACCUAUAAGGAUGUAAUGCUGGCCAACGCCGAGACUAAAGAGAAACGACAGAAACGAUUGGAGCACUUCUUCCGCGAGGCCUAUGCACUCACUUUUGGGCUCAAACCGGGAGAGAAGCGUAAACUCGAAGAAGUGAGUAAUGAUGUGAUUAUGGUUAUGAGGACAUCGCUCUCGAAGAAGGAAUUCGCCGAAGCGUUAGGAAUGAAACCCGACUCUCUGUUUGUCAAACAAAUGUUCAAUUGUGUGGACAAAGAUAAAGACGGAAGGAUUAGUUUCCAAGAGUUUUUAGACACUGUUGUGCUGUUUUCGAGGGGAAAAAGUGAAGACAAGUUACGGAUUAUAUUCGAUAUGUGCGACAAUGACGGCAAUGCAGUGAUCGAUAAGUUAGAGUUGACCAAAAUGUUGAGAUCACUCGUAGAUAUCGCCAAAACUGAUUCCAUGGCCGAAGAGGAAGUUAUGGAUCUGAUUGCGGGUAUGUUUGCCGCCACAGGUCUUGAGAAUAAAGAAGAGCUCACUUACGAUGACUUCAAGCUAAUGAUGAAGGAAUAUCGCGGAGACUUUAUUGCCAUCGGACUCGACUGUAAGGGCGCUAAACAAAACUUUUUGGACACUUCGACAAACAUCGCCCGAAUGACCAGUUUUCAGAUCAACCAAUUGCCAGACCCGGAGCCUAAUUAUGUGAUCCGGAAGUGGAAUUUUUUGAUCACUUAUCUCGAAGAAUAUCGUCAACACAUCGUUUACUUAUUGAUAUUCUUCGUUAUAACGACUGUCUUAUUCUUUGAACGGUUUGUCAGUUACACGUAUUUGAGUGAACACACGGAUCUGAGACAUGUCAUGGGCUAUGGAAUUGCUGUCACUCGUGGAUCAGCCGCUUCUCUGUCUUUUUGCUAUUCGUUGUUAUUGUUGACAAUGUGUCGAAAUUUGAUCACAAAAAUCAGAGAAAUUCCUUUACAUCAAUACAUACCACUCGACUCUCACGUCCAGUUUCAUAAGAUAGUGGCCAUGACUGCCCUAUUCUUCACCGUUAUCCAUACAGUGGGACACUGUAUAAACUUCUAUCACGUGUCGACUCAACCCAUUGAACACUUGCGGUGUUUAACUAAAGAGCUUAACUUUGAAUCGGAUUCAAAGCCGACAUUUUCCUUCUGGAUUUUUGGGACAGUGACCGGUCUGUCAGGGAUUGUGCUCUUUAUUAUCGUCUGUGUUAUCUUUAUCUUCGCUCACCCGAAGAUCAGACAAAAGGCUUACAGCUAUUUCUGGACGGCUCACAGUCUCUACUAUUGGCUCUUUAUAUUUAGUUUGAUCCACGGAUUAGCUAAACUCACCGGAACACCUCGAUUUUGGAUAUUCUUUAUAAUACCUGCCAUUAUAUUCGCUUUUGACAAAAUCGUUAGCCUUCAGGCAAAGCACAUGGAACUCGAUGUCCUCGACUCUGAGCUCUUGCCUUCCGAUGUAACAAAAGUAAAGUUUUCACGUCCGCCGAGCUUUAAAUACCUGUCCGGACAGUGGAUACGACUGUGUUGUACGGCAUUCAAAAAGAGUGAAUUUCAUUCGUUGACGUUAACGUCGGCGCCGCACGAGAACUACCUAUCGGUGCACGUGAAAGCUCAGGGACCCUGGACUUGGAAACUCAGGAACUAUUUCGAUCCCAACAACUUCGAGAAUAAGGCCGAACACCCGUUGCCUAAGAUUAGACUCGAGGGACCCUUUGGUGGCGGCAAUCAGGACUGGUAUAAGCAUGAGAUCGCUGUUAUGGUCGGCGGCGGUAUUGGUGUCACGCCAUACGCCUCUAUACUCAAUGACCUGGUGUUCGGCACCUCUACUAACAGAUAUUCAGGCGUCGCCUGCAAAAAGGUGUAUUUCUUAUGGAUCUGUCCCUCUCAUCGGCACUUUGAAUGGUUUAUAGAUGUGUUGAGAGAUGUGGAGCGCAAAGAUGUCACACAAGUAUUAGAAGUCCAUAUAUUCAUUACUCAAUUCUUUCAUAAGUUUGACUUAAGGACAACAAUGUUGUACAUCUGUGAGAACCACUUUCAGCGCAUAUCCAACCGAAGUAUGUUUACGGGACUCAAAGCCAUCAAUCAUUUCGGUCGCCCCGAUAUGAACGCCUUUCUUAAGUUUGUCCAAAAACAACAUUCAUACGUUAGUAAAGUGGGUGUAUUUAGUUGCGGUCCAUCAGCGCUGACUCAGACCAUUUCACAGGCGUGUGAGACCACCAACAAUAGGAGGAAAUUACCCUAUUUUUUGCAUCAAUACGAAAACUUUGGUUAACUAUUGUUAUUGUUUUAUAACUCGUAAUUAAUUUAAACACAAACUAUUAGUUUAAUUUUAGUGCCAAUCAUCUCAACG